ACGGGUGUUCAACAGUCUACGCGCACUCAUAACUUGCUCAUGAGGCAAGUUGCUGUUGUGCUGGAGCUGAGAAGAGGUCUGCUGCCUGCAAUGGGUCCAUCUCUCUCAAGUUAUCGCAGUAUUGUAGCUCUCAAAGUUCAAAAAAGUAUGGUGGAAGCUGUUGCCAAGGUUCCGACCAGAAAAGACAGCCAGUAUAAAAGGGUCCACACCACUGAUCUCUACUACAGGGCAUGGACAGCACAUCGAGCACCCUCGACUGAAGCCAACCUUGUCCCGGAAGUUGGUGCUUCACAACUUUGCGGCAGCACUUCGUUUGCACGGCCUGUGGAGACAAGGUUUCUUAGACAUGGCCAUGGCCCUCAAGGAAGAUGCCGAGGCCACAGGCAGUUCCUCCAGUGACCGUGAAAAGGUCCCCUGGGGCACAAGUCUAAUUUGGCACCCCUACCUUUCUCCUGCAGCUUUUCUGUCUACUUAGCUAACCAGCAGCAAGUUUAUCCUUGCAAGCAUUUUGGGUCAAGAACAACUUUCACCAGGAAGAAGUGCAAGACGAGUGAUUGAAGAAAAUAAAGUUGCUUCUGUGAUCUAAGAA